AGUGCACACACGGGUCUGGUCUGCUCCAGGGAUUAUCCUAGUGCUUUCAGAUCUGAUGGAGGACAUGCAGGCAUGAAUAGGGCUGUUCUGUUGUCAGUGCGAGCUCAUGCCAGUGAUGGACUACAGCCGGACGGACGCUAACCUUAGCUGGCAUUCACAAAACAGCAUUCCUCUUUACUGAGACCAGCUCCACAGAAUGCUGAGUCCUAUUGUCCCCUAUAGUCUGUUAAAGAUGCACUGGAACCCAGAGCAUGCCCAGCCCCUCAGCCAGUGGCCUGAGCAACACCUGGACGUCUCCUCCACCACCUCCUCUCCGGCCCACAAGUCGGAAUUCUAUUCUGGCCGUAGCCGCGGCUCCCACAACUACGCUUGGGCCAAUGACGACAUCUCUGCCCUCACAGCCUCUAACCUGUUGAAGCGCUAUGCUGAGAAGUACUCUGGUGUGCUGGACUCACCAUAUGACCGGCCACCUACUGUAGGCACCUACCCAGAGCCAGGGGCCUUUGGAGGCCUCAAUGGCCAGAAGACUGAGCUGGAGCCCUGGCCACUGACGCACAGCACUGAUGCCUCCUAUUCCCUAGUGCCCCCUGGAGGCCAUGACAGCCUUUCAGGUUCCAAGGCUGUAGCCACAUCUGCAGGCCCUCCUGGGGUUAGCAGUGUAUCAGUGGUAAACAGUAACCUCUCAGACUCUGGCUAUAGUGGCAGCAGCUCCUGCAGUGGUUCCAGCGAGUACCCCUCUAGCUACAAUGGCACCUAUCUUUCCUCAGGGUACUGUCCCCAACCCAGUGCAGCACUUCCCCCUGCCUCCCUCCACACCCUCCAAUCCACUCCCACUCUGGUGCCCAGCUAUAGCCCUACCACACCUGUCUACAACUACCCCCCCAGCACAUACCCUCCCCAGACCAGCCUUGCUCCCAGCUACAGCCACCCUUCUGCAACGUACCUGCCCUCGGGUCUGCCAGCUCCUACUCCUGUUCCAUCAAGACCCACAGUAGUAGGAGGCAGCUAUAGUUACCAGAGCACCAACCUUGGGACAUCUGAGUCUGGAGGGACACUAAAAAGAAAAGCAUUUGAGAUGAGUGUAGAGGAUGAUGAGGGUGGGGACAGCUCUCGUUACAGGAAAUAUAGUUAUGACCCCUUGAAGGCUGGGGGAAACUCGCCCUACAGUGUGAAUGACAAAACAGAGUGCCGGGGAAAUGGCUUCAGCAGUUCAGGGAGCACAGACCCUCAAACCUUCAAGUCCAGUAAGCCCUCCUCCCAGCCCCUGGUGUCUCCUCAGUAUGGGGCAGCAGGGGAGUACAGCCCUCCAGCGGGCAUGACAGGGGAGAACGGAGUGGGGGAACAGGGCUUCACCCAACAGCAACAGCAGCACUGCUCCCAGGCCCACAAACGCCCUCCAUUGUGUGGUCCGACUGUUGAGACUCUUAAGAGCCCAGACCCCCGAGUGUUGGACCUUGUCAAUGGGGAGUUAUUGGACUGCAGCCCAGCUCUAAGCUGGGGUGAGCUGGCUGGGCUCACCCAUGUCAAGGCUGCCCUGGAGGAGGACUUGCUGUGGCCCGUGUUGAGGCCCAGUCCAGUGAUGCGGCCACCAAGAACCGUCCUGCUGUUUGGCCCCCGGGGAGGGGGUAAAAUGACGCUGACUCGUUCUUUGGCUUCACAGCUGGGGGCUUCCUUCUACCGGUUGAGUGGAGCCAUGCUGGCGUCUAAAGGGAAGGCUGAGGCAGAGCACAUUCUGGGGUCUCUGUUGCAGGUUGCAGGGGCACGGCAGCCUUCAGUGGUGUUGCUCAGCCAGGUGGAGGCCAUGGAAGAGGAGGGGCUGAGACAGACACUGCUCACCACCCUGGAGAAAGCCCAGGUGGGUACCACGGGUCUGGUGAUUCUUGUAUGCGCCACUGGCAGGCCAGAUCUGCUGCAAGAUGCAGUCCAUCGGAGCUUUGCCAAGCGUUAUCACGUUGGCCUGCCAGAUGUGGGAAUGCGUAGGCAGGUGCUGCUGCAGGCGCUGUCGCCCCAGGGCUGCAGCCUGAGCGAGAGGGAGCUGAGCGCUGUGCUGCAGCGCACCGAGGGCUUCUCCGUGUGGGAGCUGCUGCAGCUCAGCCAGCAGGCGCUGUCCUCAGCAUCCUCCCCCACUGGGGCCAUGCAUGGCCUGCCCACAUCCUCCAAAUCCCCAGCCUUCACAGACUUUGAGAAUGCCUUCUGCAAGGUGCGCCCACACACCACCACAAAAGAACUGGACACUUGUAUAGAGUGGAGCAAGAUGUAUAGCCACUGAGAAAGCAGCCAGUCACUGUACUCGGACUGCCCUGUGACCCCGUCUUUGCUUUGACAUGGCAAGCCUUGGGAAUGUUUUGUUGUUGUUUUGUAAUUACGAAUUAUGCAGCCAAAAGAGCCAGACAAACUCAAAGGUACAGGAGAGCUGAAAAAGUAGUUUUACUGGCAUAAGCAUGCCAUGGUGUGCUGUUUUUGUUUUGCUAUGAAUAUCAAUAUUUUAUUUUUCCCAAAGAAAGGAAACAUGAAUAGGCCUUGUUGAGUGGGGUAGUGUAUUAGUCAUUUGGCCAAUGGGAAAAUCAUAGAUAGCUAUUUGGAUACUCUCAGAGAUCCUGAUUAGCCUUGGUCCAGGACAAAAUCAAUUAUUUGUUGCUAGGUGACGUGGUCCAAGAUUAUGGAUAAUCAGGGUUUGGAAAAUCCCCCCUUUUGACUGCUACUCUCAGGAUUCUAUUUAUUGCCAGUCCACUUCCAUGUUAUCCUAAUGUUGAUUUAGUCAUUGGAUUUCUGCUAAUCAUUUAGUAUGAAGGGCUUGGGAUCUGCAACAUUACAGCAAACCACAGUUUCUUGACCAAAAACAUGUCAAACCAAAUGCAUAAUGAGCUGCACUGUUAUAUUUCUCAAAUCGGACUGGUCCUCAAAAUCACAAAAGAUGAAUCUGUCUUGAUAGCUGCUCACCAAAUCAAAACAAUUAGUCCUUACUAUUCUGAAAAAAAAAAGAAAAUCAAAUGACUUUUAUGAAUUCCGAACAUGCGGCUGCCCUUUCCUGAAGAUCAGUUGUUCAAGUGAAACCUUGCAGUUACACUCAACAUGUUUGGUUGUAGAAAUACUUCACAUGUAUCUUCACUGAACUCACCAUUGGUACUAUAUUCAUACUUAAAAUGGUACAAUUCACUGACAAUUUACUUUAUUAUUUUUGGAUUGUUGUCCUUGACUUCCACAUGCAUUUGUUUUUGAUCUCACAUUCCUCAUCCACUGCAGUUUUCCUGAGAAUCCUACAAAACAACACCACCUGCACACAGCUUCUCCCACAGCGUGUCUGUUUUCUAUUUCACUUACUCCUUUUGUUUUCUUAGUAUGUAGUCUUGUUUGAAAUGCUCAGGAAGAAUUUCUUUACCUCAGAAAUAUAAAAUAAAGAAUGUAUGUAAUCUUAGGGUCUUAGUAGAGAGUGGUGCGGAGCAAGAUAAAGGAGCGAGGAGAAACCUGACAGUCUUUUAAUACCCACUGCAGCUGGGCUUUUACCUCGGGAGAGAAACUUGAAUAUGCUACAAAGAGUAACAUUGAAUGUAAUUCAGGUAUU